UAACGGCGAGACGCACCGGCCGGAAAUAUGGAGCGCGGGUCGGCGGGCGCGCGGGAAGCGUCCCCUCUCUCGCCGCGGGGCGGCGGGGACGGGGGUCUGUUACGACGCAUCCGCGGGCAGAUUCCCGUUGGCUUCAAGGCGGAGCUGACGAAGAUCUCCAGACUGGCCUUCCCCCUGGUUAUGGCCCGGCUCAUGGUGUCUUUGGUGAGUUUUGUCAGUUCCAUUUUCUGCGGCCAUCUGGGGAAGACGGAGCUGGCAGCGGUGACUCUGGCCAUCGCGGUUGUCAACGUAACGGGCAUUUCUGUUGGCUACGGUUUAUCAUCAGCGUGCGACACCCUGAUAUCACAGACCUACGGGGCCGGUAACCUCCUCAGGGUCGGGGUCAUUCUGCAGAGGGGCAUCCUCGUUCUGAUGCUGGCCUGCUUCCCCUGCUGGGCUAUCCUCGUUAACACGGAAUCCAUCCUGCUGGCUGUCAGACAGACUCCAGAGGUGGCCAGGCUGUCUCAGAUGUACGUGAAGAUUUUUAUGCCAGCACUCCCCGCCACAUUCUUCUAUUCGCUAGAGUCAAAAUAUCUACAGAACCAGGGCAUCAUAUGGCCCCAGGUCAUCACAGGGGUCGUGGUUAAUGGCCUGAACGCUCUCACCAAUUACAUCUUUCUCCAUGGGCUCAACAUGGGAGUAGCAGGCUCUGCUUUGGCCAACACCAUCUCCCAGUUCUCCCUGGCUGGGCUACUCUACGCCUACAUCAUGUGGAAAGGUCUUCAUAAGGCCACCUGGGGAGGCUGGUCCAAAGAGUGCCUGCAGGAUUGGGGCAGCUUUAUCCACCUGGCCAUCCCCGGCAUGGUCAUGCUCUGUGUUGAAUGGUGGACCUAUGAGAUUGGAAGUUUUCUGGCAGGUCUCAUAAGUGAGGUGGAACUUGGAGCCCAGGCAGUCGUAUUCGAACUGACCAGCAUUGCAUACAUGUUCCCCGCUGGGUUCGGUGUGGCGGGCACUGUGAGAGUAGGAAACGCCCUCGGAGCUGGAGAUACGGCGCAAGCCAAGCUGUCCGCAAAGCUGGCCAUAUUCUGUGCAGGGUCAGUGUCCGUGUGCUUUUCGGUUCUCCUCGGCAGCCUGAAGGACUACGUAGCUUAUGUCUUCACAUACGACACACAAAUCAGAGAACGGGUUGCUGAGGUCAUCCGUUUAUACGCUCCGUUUCUCUUCCUGGAGGGGUUAUCGGUGGCCUUGGACAGCAUCAUAUAUGGGGCAGGCAAGCAGAGAGUUGGGGCAGUUUGCAACGUCGUGGGCUAUUACGGCGUUGCCUUGCCAGUCGGAUUGUCUCUGAUGUUUGCUGCCAAAUUGGGAAUCAAAGGCCUGUGGAUCGGCAUGUUUGUGUGCGUGUUCCUGCAGUCCGCCGUCCUGAUCCUGUACCUGAUCAGAAUGAACUGGAAGAAAGCCACGGCAGAGGCUCAGAUCAGAGCUGGAGCACACGCCGACUCUACGGAAACAAGUGCCGGCCAACAUGGCCCCGGCUUCUCCGAGGGCCACACAGAUACGGUGGAGCUGAGCGAGGCGGCGAAUGAAGCGGCCGCCCAAGCAGCGGAGAAGCGGCUCUCCAACAGGGAUCUGGUGCUGCGUAGGGGUCUGGCCCUGGCUGGGACGCUCUUCAUCUUAGCUGCCGGAAUUAUCACCAACCUCUUAAUCACUAACCUGGUGACGUGAGCCGAGAUUUGCUCCGUCUGAGUGAAGCUCGUUUCUGAUUGGAGGAGCAACUCAGCCACCAGCCCUGGUUGUGACGCCGGGGACUGCAGUGUGGCCUGUGCUGUUUGUGGGCAUGGAUAUGGUGCUAGUGUGGCUUACGGCACACCAGUACCAGUGUGGCUUACGGCACACCAGUACUGGUGUGGCUUACGGCACACCAGUACUGACACCACCAGCAUCCGCCUGCUUAUCCAGGGCUUAAAGAGCAGGGUAACCAAAUUGACAGAUUUGCUUCAAAAUGCUUUAUAAAUGUGGGAGAUGUAUCGCUGUUGACAUGUUAAAAUGUGUUGAACCAUGUAUAGAACUGAUUUGCCGGGUUAGACCGGUUUUGGGUAUUUUUCCCGUUUUCCUUUCUUGAUUUUCGGUUCCGGCUGGCUUGGCGUCGUCGCCGUCUCCCUUUGCAUCGAUUUCGGUGCCACGGUGCCACGCCCCCAGAGUCUGGAACCUGUGGACGCUGCAGAUUUUUACACGUUUCGGAAGCUUUGUUUUAUAUACUUCGCAACAUGUUUAAUCAUACAGAAUUGGCUGGGUGGUUACUGGUAUGUUUUCCUGGGGUAUGGGUAUCCCAAAACACAGAUUUGAGCUCAGUUACCCCCCACUUUAAAAAACCUUAAUUGGGUGUUGGACAAAGCACAUGGGGGAUGCAGAACAGCUUGGACUCUAUUGAGAGGAACCCCCCCCCCCCCUCCAACAGCCAUUUACACCAGUAAAUAUGUAUUUUACUAUUGUCCAUAUAAUUGUGAGGUGGUCUUACAUAUUCUUGCAAAUUGCUGAAUUAUUCAGAGGUAGCCAUCCCUUUUAUUUUGUGUAAAAAAAACCAAAACCCAACAACUGCAAAUUAGGUAUGUUCGCGAAUUAAUAUUCACAAGUUCAAGGCCAUCCUCAAUUAGCGUCAUGUAACGAUUGCCCGACUGCUGGAAAGAUGCUUUACAUUAUGACUUCCCUGCGACACUUUAUUAAUAGAAAUGUACGAUAAAGCAGCUGUGAAUGUACAGGCCGUCAUGUAAAUUAACAUAAAAGUCCAUUGCCUCAAAUACAUUGUUGCACUGAGCUUGUUGGUGUGUAUGAAUAUUAAUGAGCCUCAGCAUUAGGUUAUUUCUAACUAAUUAGUGUCAUAACUUCAGUUAAAAUUGGCUCAAUACAUCGUUCGAGGGACUUAAAGAAAACAGUGGAGGCUCUCUGAGGCCCCUCUCACCCCUCUCUGAGUUCCCUCUCACCCCUCUCUGAGGCCCCUCUCACCCCUCUCUGAGGCCCCUCUCACCCCUAACAAAAAGUGCAAAAUGGUUUAGUCUGCCCUUCGCCCUUCGCCCUUCACGAGCAUCUCUCGGUGCAGCUCAUCUAGUCCUGUGGCGAGUGACUGCUGAUACCGUCACAGAGUCAUUUUUCAAUCACUGCAAGAUAGCUAAGUUAAGUUAAGGUUAGGUUAAGUUAAGGUUAGAGGUUAAGUCAGGU